UUGUACUGUAAAACUGUGAAUGAAGUCAGAACUACAAUGAUAUUCACUAAAAAUUAAACAAAUAUAUCAAUCUUAUUUCUGUAAUAUGCAUGGAGAUUAGAUUAGAAUGUAAGAAAAACAGCCUGUGUGUAUGUGUGAGUUUGUGAGAGCUUGUUUGCGUAAGCAAUGGAUGGAAGGUGUCAUUCAUUACUGAGAAGCACUGACACAACUGUAGUGAGUGUGGGUGUACUCCAAACUGUCCAAAUGUUUCAUGUCCGCUUCAGCAAGCACACACACACUUGCUUACAAAUGCAAGAACAAGUCUUACGAGAGCAAAUUAUCCAGGCCUUCUUACUGCUAUUGACGUGUCAUAAUGCGGUUGUCAGUUGUUUUCAUGAUAAUGGAUUUAUUCAUAAUUCAAGGAAUCAUUUAUUCUCAGUGCAAGCGACCCAGAUUUAAUCACCUCAAAGUCUAAUUUAUAUUAAUUAUAUAUUUCAUGAGUAUUGUAGCUGCUUGUAUACAGUAAACUCAUUACAAGCAAUAGUGAGUUCACUGGGCUCAAAAUAUUGUCAGAGAAAAAAAAGGUAUGGAUUAAUGCGGACACUAGUGCUUUGGUCUAUCAUUAAGAGCUUUCCUGCUUGCUGAGGAAUUAAAAGAGAGAAAUAAGAAUAAUUUAAAAAACUAAUUAGCCUCCAAUAUGUUCAGAGCUGAGUUAAAUUAAUCUGGUAGACUUGCAUACAGCAGUAAACAAAACGUGAAUAAUCAAAUUAAGUGUAAUAAAGCAAUUAAGCUAGACUAGAAAAAGAAAUAUGCGUUUGUCUGUGUAUGAGAGAAAAAAAGAGAGCAUAGAUGAUGAGAAAGGAAAAAAGAAAGAAAGAAAGGCCACUAUGUUGUCAUGGUGAUAUUCCUCCUUUUCAUUUGAUUUCUAUCUUUUAUUAAUGUAUUUUACUAAAUAUUUUUCACUCACACAUCCGGAGAAGACUUCACUGUUGAAAAACACUGCUUGUGACCAGUGUUGGGUAAGUUAUGCAAAAAAGUAAUCCAUUACAAAUUUCUAAUUACCUCUAAAAAUUGUAAUCAUCACAUCACUCAUUACAGUGCAUUCAGAAAGUAUUCAGUCCCCUUAAUAUUUUUCACAUUUUGUUAUGUUGUAGCCUUAUGCACAAAAUUCACAUCAAUCUACACUCCAUACCCCAUAAUGACAAAGCAAAAACCAGAUUUUUGGUAACUUUGCAAAUGUAUUAAAAAGAAAAAACUGAAAUUUCACAUUGAUAUAAGUAUUCAGACCCUUAAUUCAGUACUUAGUUGAAGCAACUUUGGCAGCGAUUACAGCCUGAAGUCUUUUUGGGUAUGAUGCGACAAGCUUUACACAUCUGGAUUUCGGGAUUUUCUGCUGUUCUUCUCUGCAGAUUCUCUCAAGCUCUUUCAGGUUGGAUGGAAACCGUCAGUGGACAGCCAUUUUCAGGUCUCUCCACAGAUGUUUGAUUGGGUUCAAGUCCGGGCUCUUGCUGGGCCACUCAAGGACAUUCACAGAGUUGUCCCUAAGCCACUCUUGUGUUGUUUUGGCUGUGUGCUUAGGGUCCUGUUGGAAGGUGAACCUUUGGUCCAGUCUGAGGUCCUGAGCUCUCUGGGUCAGGUUUUCAUUAAGGAUAUCUCUGUAUUUUGCUGAGUUCAGCUUUCCUUCAACCCUGACCAGUCCCUGCCACUGAAAAACACCCACACAGCAUGAUGCUACCACCACCAUGCUUCACCAUUGGGAGACAUGGGAGACACCCACACCAGACAUGACGCUUGGAAUUGAGGCCAAACAGUUCAAUCAUCACUUCAUUACACCAGUGAAUCUUGUUUCUCACAGUCUGAGAGUCUUUUAGGUGAUUUUUUAUGUGUCUUGCACUGAGGAGAGGCUUCUGUCUGGCCACUCUGCCAUAAAGCCCAGAUCCGUGGAGUGCUGCAGUGAUGGUUGUCCUUCUGCAAGUCUCUCCCAUUUCCAUACAUGAUCUCUGGAGCUCAACCAGAGUGACCAUUGGGUUCUUGGUCACCUCUCUUACUAAGGCCCUUCUCCCCCAAUUGCUCAGUUUGGCCGGGCGGCCAGCUCGAGGAAGAGUCCUGGUUGUUCCAAACUUCUUCCAUUGUAGAAUUAUGGAGGCCACUGUGCUCUUGGGAACCUUCAGUGCAGCCAAAACAUAUUUGUAGCCUUCCCCAGAUCUGUGCCUCGAUACAAUCUUGUCUCUGAGCUCUGCAGGCAUUUCAUUUGACCUCAUGGCUUGGUUUUUGCUCUGAUAUGCAUUUUCAGCUGUGAGACCUUAUAUAGACAGGUGUGUGCCAUUCCAAAUCAUGUCCAAGCAAUUGAAUUUGCCACAGUUGGACUCCAAUCAAAGUGUAGAAACAUCUCAAAAAUGAUCAAGAGAAAUGGGAUGCACCUGAGCUAAGUUUCAAGUGUCAUAAUAAUUUAAAGCAUUUUAGCAUAAUGCUGCAACAUAAACUAUGAAAAAAAAUGAAGGGGUCUGAAUACUUUCUGAAUGCACUGUACUUUACUUUUAAGUUACUUUCUAAAACACACUAAAGAAAUCUUUUUUUUUUUUUUUUUUGCUCAACCAAUUCAAAAUAAUGUCUAUAUUUCCUCCUUGUUCGUAGUUGCUCACCCUUUGGCUGUCACAGACAUACAGGUACAUAUGAAGAUAUGGAUUCAUAUUUUUAAUGUAUUGUACACAAACAAUAUUCUUUUAGAAAUAUGUGUAACCCGUUACCUAAGUAAUGACAUUAAAUGAAAUUACCUUAAUUGAAAGUCAGUAACUGUAAUCUGAUUACAAGAAUGUAAAAUGUAAUGAAUUAUAGUACCUUCUUUGACUAAAAUAGUAAUAAGAUUACAGUAACUAUGACUUUGGUAUCAGAUCACUCUCAACACUGUUUUACGACUUGUAUUUGGUGAUGAUGGCAAACGCCAAUCAUGUUUUUAACUGACAUUGCUGACUGUGAUUAACAGGCCCUUUUACAUAGGUGAGGGACAAGGGGUGGCUUUCCAAACUCUAAAGGCUCAGAGAGAGAAAGAGAUAGUUGCAUGAUAAGACAGUUGUCACACACAAAUAGACCAAGCAGAAUAGAUCAAAGUGUCUGAUGUGACAUUAAAUGGGAACAACUAAAUCAUUGGGGUUUUCUGAAGGACUAUACCCAAUUUCAGAGACUGCAUAUGUUAAAGCUAUCUAAGCAUUAACAAUCAGGCAUCUACAUCUUUCUAAAGCUUUCUAAAGCUUUCUACAUCUUCAUCCUGGUGAAGGACAUAUCAGUAAUGAGAUGAAUUGAAGGGAAUGACCAGCAUGGAUGACUCAUAAUCCUACUGUGUAAUGAGCAUUGAAUCCUCAAUCACGCACAUAUGUGCUUCUAAAUUAAAAAGUGCUAAACCGCACAGACCCUUUAAAUGAGUUCCCAGAAUAUAAUGCAAGACCUUGACACUUCUUUAGAAGUGAAAUAAUCAGCAAGGUGCAUCUACAUAAUUAAAAAAAGAGUCCAUUGUGUGACUCUUUAGGCUAACAUACUAGAUUAUACACUAUAACUUCUGCACAGGCCGAUGUGGAUAGGUUUAGAAUGAAUUUGAUUUGCGAUGAAGCUCAAGAGACAAAGGCGAGGUGUGAGUUCAUUAGAAAUGUAUAUGUGCGCAUAAAUACGUCAAGGCACUAGUGUUAAUGACUUUGCGUCACUAGGACAUGUCAUCGUCAUUAUUGGGUUCGUUUUGGGGAGCCAGCUUGUCCGAGCUUGUGUGACUGCAGCGCGCGAACGCUACAAAUAAAGGACGCGCGCACCUGCAAAUCUUAACACCGCUCGGUAAAGAGAGAAAAAGAACCUGAACACAUCAUCCUCCUCACCAGACAAACUGAACAAAUACCAGCUCAUCCCAGUUCAGUUAAAGGUGUGUGAAGAGCAGAGCGCGGCUUUGAGGAUGUCUCGCGGAUGGAUGCUGGUGCUGCUCUCGCUCUCGUGUGCUGGACACUCGCGCUGUGUGCUCGACUAUGCCCCGUUCAUAGAUAAUAGCGACUCCCAGUCUGAGCACUUUGAGAAACGGUAUGGUGAUAUUGAUUAUGACAGUUUCAUCGGCCUGAUGGGCAGGAGGAGCACAGGAACAAAUCAUGCCACAAAUGCACAAUUCAGACCUAAUAUGAAUGACAUCUUUGUUGGACUGUUAGGACGGAGAAAUGCUGUGUCUGCUAUUCCUGCUUGGAGAGGACAGAGAAGAGUCAACUUUUUCUUAAAGGACAGGAGGCAGAGGUUUUGCUGUGCUGUAUGAAGCCUAAUCUCAUCAGCCAAGAACUCAUCCACCUUGGCAUUAUGCCAUUCAGAACAAAUAAUAACAACCUUUGUCACAAAGCCAUGAUUGAGCGGUGUGAACUGAAUAUUUAUUAUCGCAGUGCAUUCAUUCUAGUAUAUUUUACGUUUGUAUGUGAGAUGUGCAUUCUUACAUCAAAGAUUUCCAAGUACAGAAUGCACCAAUCAGAUAAAUUAUGUUUUGAGAGGUUUACUGGGACAUGAGGAAGGAAAAUUUUCCUGUUGAAAGUAUAUAGUAUGUGUUUUGAAUCGACAGAUGUUGUAAACAUACCCACCCUUUAAUAUUAAAUAUUUAAUUUCUUCAAUGAUUUUAGGUAGGUGUACAUCACAAACACAUUUGACAUGAUAUUCAUAUAGGAGACCACAGAAAAACAUUUAUUGUAAAAAAAAUAUUUUAUUUAAUAUGCUGGUUAUCGUUCCCAUUGAUUUAUUCUUGUCGUACAUUUGCCUCACAUAUUCUUUUGUAAAUAAAAGAUUGCUGUGGAAGUUCAGUAAAAGAUUCCCUUUGUACAUGUAAGACAUUACUGAACAUAGAGAAUAAGAAAGCAACACAAGUACCUUUGGAUUAAAGACAAGGGCAUGAAAUCAGAAAUGCGGAUUCACUUUAACAUGAUUGGAAAGCACAUUUGCAUCAUCCUGCUGGUUUUGAUGUUCCCAUUAGCGAUAGUUCUGCUUCAUUUCAGAAAUGUCAGGCUCUCUCUUCAUGUAACAUCAUGUAACACCCGAAGUGCAAAAGCAAUAGAAAGGCCAUUAAUGAUAACUGGGCACUGGGCGCAUAUGCAAACACACACAUUCCCCCAAGUCAGACCAUCCAUUAUGGGCAUUCUUAGUCAAUACUUUUUGCAAAACUCCUAGUGAAAAAAGAUAAUCACUAUACUGUCAUAUUAAAUAAUAUACGUUAUACCCUGCUAAUGACAAGAGUAGUUCCCCUGAAAAAAUAUUGUUUAAUUUGAAGCAGAUUUCACAUUAAUCAUUUUGCCUCAAGUAAGAAAAUGUCAGACGUAAAUAUUCUAAGGAAAAUCUAACUCAUUUUAGCUGAGAGGCAUCAGCAGUCCUGAUCCUGUUACAAUGUCCACAAAGACAGUGACUUUACUCCUCUUAAGUGUUUUCGCUGUUUGAGAUCCAAUUAAUUGAAAUGAGCAAAAUCUAAACUUCAAAAAUGUUUGAAUGUUUACAAAUGACAAACCAAAGGGCUUUCUGAGGAAGAUCUUUAUACUACGAGGUAUAAAACACAUUCAAACAUGUCUUACUAAACUGCUCUUUAAAAAACUUACCAAAUAUGUGUUGCAUAUUUGAAGUGUGUAGUGUUUUCCUUCCUUGCGUUAGAGUGCUCAUUUCCACAAUAAAACAAAAUACUGCAGACAUUUCCAUUGCUCUUGCACUUUUAGAUAAAUAUUCACAGCUAGUGAGGCGAACAGUGGAAUUCACACCAUUCAUACAUUAUUAAUUACUCUUUAAUAAGAAAAGCAAUAAUUUUUCAACUCAUUUUCAUUCCCUUAAGAAUUUAAAAAUGUACAAAGUAUUUAUUUAGGUAGCAAAAUAAGGAUAAUUUCACCAAGAAUAUAUUUGUUGACCAAGCAUCUACAGUAUGCAUUCACUUGCUUAAUCAUAUGAGAUCUUAUAUCUUAUGUGCCUUUAACAUCACUCUGUUCAAAAACUGCUGCAAAAGUGACAUUGUGCUUGGAUUGGUCACAGGGCAACAGUGGUUUGGAUUUGGGGGGAGCAAAUGAAAAGAAAUCAAGGCCUCUUUUUGGGAACAGAAUAUGACACUGCUGCUU